AUGAAGCGCGCGUUGGUUUCAAAGAACAAGUUUCGUUUCGUUAGCGGUGAAAUUCCAGUUCCUACUGCUACAGAUGCAAAUUUUGAUGCCUGGGAUCGCUGCAACAGCCUAAUCCACUCAUGGAUUCUCAAUUCGGUAACAACUUCUAUAGCAAAUAGCAUUGUUUUUGUUGAAAAUGCUUGUGAUGCUUGGAGAGAUUUGAGAGAUCGGUUUUCGCAAGGAGAUCUUGUUAGGAUUGCUGAACUGCAUAAUGAAAUCAGUAAUUUGAAACAAAAUUCAAAGUCUGUGAAUGAGUACUAUAAUGAAUUGAAGAUACUCUUAGAGGAAUUGGAUCAUUAUCGCUCAAUUCCACAAUGCAAAUGCACUGUUCCUUGUAGAUGUGAUGCAAUUGAGAGUGUGAAACUGUUUAGAGAACAGGAUAAUGCUAUCAGGUUCCUUUUAGGGUUGAAUGAUAGUUUUGGAGUAGUAAAAUCGCAGAUUUUGAUGAGCCAUCCUUUGCCACCAUUAGCUAAAGUUGUGUCUUUAGCUACACAGCAUGAGAGGCAAACUGACAUAGAGGAGAAAGGGGAUUCACUAGCUAGAGUGAAUGCUGCAGCAGAAGGGAAGAAACAACCAUAUGGAAGAGGACAAUCUGGUGGUUCUUCCUACAGAAACACAGGAAAGUUUUGCACUCACUGCAAGAAAUCAGGACAUACAGUAGAUGUGUGCCAUAGAUUGCAUGGUUAUCCAACAACUUUCAACAACAGAUAUGGUUCAAAUGGUACUAGUCAGGUCAAUAAUACUGCAAGGAGUUAUGAUACUGAAGAUCCUGAGGAUGAUGAUUGUUCACAGAGGGAUAAUGAGGAGCUUUUUACUGCAGAUCAGUACAAGAAAAUCAUAGCAAUGAUUCAGCAAGUUAGUACAUCCAAGAAAUCAGCUGAGAGUAACAAUGCAACAGUGAAUCAUGUAGUGAAAACUGCAGCUUGUGAAGGGGAUACUUCAGGGCAUGGUAAUCCUCUUGCUUUAUCUUGUUACCAACAAUAUGAUAGUAGAGAUUGGAUUAUAUAA